AAGGCUCCAGCAACUCACGCUGUCCUGUCGACACGCGCACCAUGUCGGCCAGCUGGGCAGCGUUGCCGUGCGUCGCGCCUUGCACCUGGCUCAAAAUAACCAGGCUCUGAUGGCCGUGUCCCUGUGGGUCGCGGACCAGGUGCCUUUGAUGGCCGUCUCCCUGUGGAUCGUCUGUGCAGGUGCCUCUGAUGGCCGUCUCCCUGUGGAUCGCGGACCAGGUGCCUCUGAUGGCCAUCUCCCUGUGGAUCGCGGACCAGGUGCCUCUGAUGGCCGUCUCCCUGUGUGGCUCGCGGACCAGGUGCCUCUGAUGGCCGUCUCCUUGUGGACCGCGGACCAGGAGCUCAAAAGCACAACAUGUGCCUUUUGCACUUUUUGCACUUUUUGCAUUUGUUGUGCUCUGUGCAGGUGCCUCUGAUGGCCGUCUCCCUGUGGAUCGCGGACCAGGCCCAACCGGCGGCCCAUGGGGGCGAUCGACUUGUGGACAAGGGAGCAUGCUGCCGGACGUGGACACUCUGAGGUAUGACGAGAUGACGCCCGCUCAGG